ACAAUGCCGUCACGCCACAUCGCGUCUCGAUUUUGCCAGGUCAAGCCCAUGAAUGCCGCCAAAAAAGGCUUUUGGUCAACUCGAUUACGUGUAAGCGGGAUUGUCACCGUCAAAUUUACUUGCCGUUUCUAAGGCUUUGCCGCCGAUAUUCACGCACAAAAUGCACAAAUUUCCUCAUGCGAAGGUGGCCUUCUUGUCGUCCUUAAAAGUCAAGCAUUCGAAACACGGUGCGCGGUCCGUGAUCGAUAAACUGAUCAUGGGAAACAUCGACAGGUUGACUUUCCACCCCGAAAGCGACGACGUUCUGGAUAUCGGGUGCGGUACUGGCUAUGGGUCUGUGCUCAUCGGGAGUCGUGUGCGAAGCGUCGUUGGCAUAGAGACAGACGCUUCCAAGCUAGAAGUUGCCAAGAGAGAUUAUCCUGCCGACAACGUGACAUACGUGAAGGUAGACUCCAUCGAAGAUCUCGGGGAAAACUUCAACAAGUGGCGGAAUGGCUUCGACAAAGUCGUCUGCCUCUGCGCUCUAUAUUUCGUGCCCGACGUAGAGGCCGUGCUCCGUAACGCGUUCGAUUGUCUGAAACCAGGUGGGGAGAGCCUCGUUAUCAUGCCUCACGACGACCACAAUCUGUUCCAGGGGGCGCUGGAUUUCAUGCUAAAACACGAGGAGUGGAAAGCCUUUCUUAAGGGUUUCAACAAUCCUCUGUGCUUGUGGAAACGCAACGAGCAAGAAACGCAGGAGUUUUUCACGGCUGGUGGAUGGUCCGAUGUGUCCUGUGAGGUGCAGAGAGUCAAUUUGAUUCACAACGCAGAACGCGCCAAACUUAUUUUGUGGGACAUGAUGGGCCACGUAGACCAAGUCGAUGCGGCCAAGCGGGAGAAGUGCCUGGAAGAUCUGUGGCAAUGGGCCCGGGGCGAGUACCAACACACCGAGGACGGAAGUAUCAUCAAGCCCGCUGAUUGGAUGGUGAUUCACGCUCGCAAGUAGUCAUGCGGCCAAUCUGUAAUAUUCUGGAGUGAUUACCAACGAUACAGACAGGCGGCUUGCAGUGAAACAGCAAGGGUCUUUACAAAAUAGAUCAAAUAGAUCAAAAGAAUGCAUCAAAAAUUGGCCAAAUAAGAAAUUCCAUUUGGUAUAACACAAAUUAAUGAUUUUGCGUAGUGUUAACAUUUGUAGUUUGCAAAUUGUCAGUAAAUAAAGGUGCAUGGUCGUACGUUUCUGAUGAAACUGUCUUUCUUUGGUGGUGCACCAGUUUUAAUGGUACGAAUUUCUCCCUUUUGGCAGAUCCUUUGGCUAAACUAAUUAAUGUGAUAAUGAGAUUCUAAAAAUGUUUUGAUAAUUGGAACAUGUAGUUUUCUUUCGUUACUGCGCACUCAGUAUGAAGGCCAGCAAUAUGAGCGUUCAAAUUAAGUGCUGUGAGUGUAAUAAAUCAUUUGCCCUAGGAUAGACAACUUGGACAAGUCCAUAAAAUCAGCCUAGUACUAAGCAGUAAUGUAUCUGGGUUUUGGAUUGGGAGGCAGGGGGUAUAAAAUAAUUUUUCCCAAAAAGAUUAUCCAUAAGACUUGAAGGU